AUGCGACGAUUCUUCGGCCGGCGGCCGAAAGCCGCGAUAACUGAAUCGGCGGGUCAAGAAAGCCAGUCAGAGCGACCACGCGCCGGGGCCUCGUCUUCGACGAAGACUUUCCCCUCGGGCAUCAAGCCGCUUUGCAGCCCGGCAGGUGCCAUCGUCGACAUCGUCUUUGUCCACGGCCUGACUGGCGAUCGCGAGAAGACAUGGACCGCCAGCGACGCGUCUGAGCCCUGGCCCAAGGCCCUCCUCCCGUCCGAGCUCCCGACCGCGCGCGUCCUCACAUUCGGAUACGAUGCGUACGUGACGGACUGGCGGGGCAUGGUGUCGCAGAAUCGGAUUGCGAACCAUGCGUGGAAUCUUCUGACGUCUCUCGUGUCGUAUCGAGAGAGGGACGACACGGCAUUGUUCACAUCGAGACAGCGGGCGGAACCACACCUCCAGAACGUCCUCCGGUUGACGCACGGCAUCGCCUUCCUCGGGACGCCGCACCACGGGUCAGGGCUGGCACGGUGGGCCGAGCUGCUGUCGCGAUCGAUCGGAAUCAUCAAGCAGACGAACACACAAAUCGUCGAGGUGCUUAAGCGCGACUCGGAGGUGCUCGCGCGGAUCCAGGACGGUUUCCACAGCAUGGUCCUAGCGCGUGGCAGGGAGGGCCAGCCGAUCGAGAUCAGCUGCUUCUUCGAGGAGCUGCCUCUGCCAGGCAUCGGCCAGGUUGUGCCGCAGGAUUCGGCGAUUCUGCCUGGGUACAUCCCAAUCGGGGUCCACCGCAACCACAUGGACAUGACCAAAUUCGCCAGCGUGGACGACCCUGGUUUUUUGGCAGUUUGCGGAGAGCUUCGUCGACCAGUCCUCGUGCCAUAUACCUGCAAUCCCGACUUCGUCGGGCGGUCCGAUAUCCUUGAAAAGCUCAAGGACCAGCUCGGCCACAGUCAGCCGCAGAGCAAGUGGCACCUACGAGCCGCACUGUACGGCUUGGGAGGUAUUGGGAAAACGCAAAUCGCACUGGCAUACGCGUACUGGCUACAAGAGGAAUAUCCAGAUAUAUCCGUCUUCUGGGUCCACGCGAGUAGCGCCGAGCGGUUUCGUCAGUCAUAUGCAUUGAUCGCACAGGAAUGUCACGUCCCUGGUUACGACGAUCCCAAGGCGGACGUCGUGCCGCUGCUGAAGAGGUGGCUGGCGAGCAAGGACCGAGGCAGGUGGCUGAUGGUGAUCGACAAUGCUGACGACACGCAGCUUGCCAGCGGGCCGGGAGGGCUUGGACAGCACGUUCCCGAAUGCGCGCACGGGUCUGUUCUCGUGACGACGAGGAACAAGGAGGUGGGCUCGAGGCUCACAAGGGGCGGACGACCAAUCGAAGUCAAGAAGAUGGACGACAGCGAGUCGAAAGAGCUGCUCGAGAAGAAGCUCGAGCAAGACAGAAUCAAUCCCGGCGACUUGUCUACACUUUCAGCUCCGCUGGAGCACCUGCCGCUCGCACUGGUGCAGGCAGCCGCCUUCAUGCAGGAGAAGUCCGUGUCAAUUAGCAGGUAUCUCGAGCUGCUGGACAAGAGCGACCAAGACCUUGUAGAUCUGCUUAGCCAGGAAUUUGAGACGGUCGGGCGAGACUCAGAGACGCCUCGGGCAGUGGCGGAGACGUGGAUUCUCUCGUUUGAUCAGAUCCAGCGGCAGAACACCUUCGCGGGCGAGCUCCUCUCGCUCAUGGGCCUCUUGGACCGACACGCCAUUCCAGUAGAGUUCCUAUCCAGCUAUAGCCAGCAGCAGGCAGAACAGGAGGCAAGGAGAGAGGUACAGCUCAUAGAGGCCCUGGGGGUUCUGAAGGCGUUUUCUUUCGUGGCAGAGGAGAAGGAUCAUGGCUUAGACAUGCACCGGCUCGUGCAGUUGGUGACGCGAAAGUGGCUCAUCAAGAAGGGCAGGACGAGGCACUUUGCCGGGCAGGCACUGUUGGCGGUGUCGCGCUGCUACCCAUUCGGGCGGUAUGAGAAUUGGGAAGUAUGCAGCGCAUACCUUGCGCAUGCAUAUGUGGUGCUUGGCAGCGAAGGCACUGGCUCAAGGGACGAGAAAGCCGGGAGGGCGACUCUGCUGCAAUCUGUUGGAGCAUUCUUCAGUUACCGAGGCCAGUGGAAAGAUGCCGAGAGGUUCCAGCUUGGGGCUAUUGAGCUACGAGAGGAAGUUCUUGGAUCGGAUCAUCCCUCCACGCUGACCAGCAUGGCCAACCUGGCGUCGACGUACUGGGAGCAGGGCCGGUGGGAGGAGGCCGAGAAGCUGUUUGUGCAGACGAAGCUCGGGGCCGAUCAUCCCGACACGCUGACCAGCAUGGCCAACCUGGCGUCGACUAUGGCCAAUCUCGCCUUUAUUUGGAAGGACAUGGGUCGUCACGAAGAUGCUCUUGGCCUACUACAAACUUGCGUUGAUCUCCGGCAACAGGUAUUCAGCGUAGGUCAUCCGUACACGGCAUCUACACUGUCAAAUCUGAAGGCAUGGCUAGAGGAGAACGAACAGCCACCAGUAUAG